AUGUUUAUCUGUGCCGGCGACAUUAAAACACCAAAGCACGCUAAAAUCAGAGAUUCUGGCAGCAUCAACGUAGGAUUAGAACAUCUGUCUCCUGCGGAACAAGCCAAAGCAAGAUUACAGUUGGUCCUCCAGGCUGCUGCAAAAGCAGAUGAAGUAUUAAAGGCUAAGGAAAGAAAAGAGGAGGAUGCCAAAAAGAAGAGAGAACAAGAAUAUACCAUUGAAGAACAGGUGAAGCGAGUAAAAAGUAUUGAAGCUAUUGAAAGUGAUUUCUUUAUCCAACAAACCUUUAGAUCUGGCAGAGAUGUAAAAAAGGCACAAGAACCUCCUGAAACCAAGCAUGAAUCCAAUGUGCUGAGCAACAGAACAACUGAUUUUAAUAUUGAAAUCAAGCAAGAGCUUGAUUACAUUCCUUCUACAAUCAAGUAUCAAGAUGAUGACUCAUUGGCUCAUCCAAGUUUGUUCCUGGAUAAGAAAGAAGCUGAAGAAAAGUGGUUCAAGAGGUUAAUCACGCUGCGGCAGGAGAAAUUGAUGGGAAGCCCAGUGCCUGGAUUUUGAAUUUAUUUUUCUUAAAUGAUUAAUCCAUCAGCCAAAACGUUCAUUGUGAAAUUAGUGUAUUUCAUUGUUUUAUGAAUUUCCAUUAAGUGUAUUCAUAAGUUGAGGCUCUCUGAUUUAAUAAACUACCUAAUUUGUAUUAGCAA